GGAACACCAGAGUCAGUCGUAAAGACAAAGUCCCAUCAAGAAGAGUUUAAAUCAUCGCUUUCUUUAUCGGCGAAAUGAAUCCAGACAUUGAACCAGUGGUUUUGGCAAACUCAAAGUUCUCCAUCGACCUGCUGAAGGUGCUCUGUGAAGCCUCUACAGACAAUGUGAUAUUCUCCCCCCUGAGCAUCUCCUCCGCGCUGAGUCUGGUUCUCCUGGGUUCUCCGUUUGAAUCCGAAACUGCCAAACAGAUGUUUAAGUACCUCCACUUUGGCAAAAUGAGAAUUAUGACCCACUAUCUGUACGAGGAGCUCUACCAAGAAGGCGAGUACAAGGUUGAAGGGAAGAGAAGCCUGCAGCUGGUCAACCGCAUGUAUGGAGAAAAGACAAUCGAUUUUUUAGACGAUUUCCUAGACACAUGCGAGGAGUGGUGUUUCACCAGCUUGAGGUGUGUUGACUUCAAGGGGAACUCUGAGGCUGUGAGAACAGAAAUCAACACAUGGCUGAAGAAGAUUGGUGAUCCACACCAGGAUGUGUUGGAUAAAGGAGAUGUGUCUAAGGACACGCUUCUUGCUCUUAUCAGCGCAGUGUACUUCAACAAGAAGUGGGUUAAGAUCUUCGAUUGUUUCUACACCAAAAAGUGUCUGUUCAGUGGAGUACUUUGUGACAUGAUGGGUAAGACGGAUAAACUUCCCCUGGGUACUAUCCCACACAGACAACAUGGCACUAACAGUGUUCAGGCUCAGAUUCUGGAGAUCCCGUAUGAGAAUAAUCAUCUGAGCAUGUUCAUUAUACUCCCAGCCAGCCGUGACCUCGAAAAGCUGGUAAAGUUAAUCACUUACGAGAACAUUAUGGAGUGGACAGAGCCGGACAACAUGAUCCCCACAGACGUGCACAUAGUGAUGCCCAUCUUUAAGCUGGAGGAGAAAUACGACCUGGAGAAAGCCCUCAAAGCUCUGGGAAUGACUGACCUCUUCAGUGAUAAGUGUGACUUAUCUGGUAUGUCACGCACAAAACUGAAGCUGUCCAAAAUGUUGCACAAGUGUGUUGUUGAUGUGAACAUGACCGGCACGGAUGCACAAGGAGGCGGUGGAGCUGAGUGCACGAACGCAUUAAAAGAAACCCCAUACAUGCCUUUUAUUGUAGACAAGCCCUUUCUUUUCUUUAUCCGUCACAACCCCACCAAGAGCAUCCUCUUCUGGGGCCGUGUCGCCUCCCUGAAACCUGUGCUCUAGAAUCUGAUUCCCAGAGCAGGUUCAACAGUGAGAUCUGUCAGAUUAUAAACACCAUGCACUGCAUGCAUCUUCAUUUAAAACGGAAUGAAAUGUACGUUUUAAACAAAACUCAAUUGAAAAAUUAUAAAUAAAGGAAAUUCGACAAA